AUGUCUAGCCCCACAAUUCCUACCGCGGCUGAGGAUCCUACGCUUUACGCCAACCGCGAUGGCCAAGUCAUCAGCGCCUCGGUGACCCUGCUUGUUCUCCCAACUGUUUUCGUCGCUUUACGCGUCAUGUCACGAUACAUGUCUGGAGCUGGGUUUUGGUGGGAUGACAUGACUGUGGUACUUGGAAUGAUGCUCUCCUGGGGUCCGAAUAUAAUCAACAUUCUAGGCAUGAAGCACCACUCCUCCGUUACAAUAAGUAUUCUAUUCCAAUACCGAAUCUUCCCGAUCCUUUCGUUCCGGCGCAUCAUCAGUGCUUGCGGUGCCUUCGUGCUGGCAUUUGAGGUCGCAUCCACCGUCGUUUUCAUCCUCGAAUGUACACCUAUUCACGACUUUUGGGUCACUUUGGGCGGCUAUCUCGCCCCAGAGCUCGGCGGUCGAUGCAUCAAUCUUGUCAAAUUCCUGCUGGUAAAUGGCUCCAUCAAUACAGUUACGGAUUUUGCGCUCUUACUCACGGUGGGUGAUGGCUCUCCAGGGGAUCGUGGCGUUGCACUAAUGCGAGCAAAAGCCCUUGCCAAUACUCUGGCGUCUGAGAGCAAGCACGCUGCAGAAAUAUAUCCUGACCGGCAUCUUCAUCUCUGGUUUAGUCCCUCAAUAGCCGUAGUAUCCGCCUGUCUCCCCUCGCUACGCCCGCUCUUCGUCCGCGUUGUCUGGGGCCGCGCUCAGAGGCCUAUCGUCGAGCAAGACGACUACUUCGGCCCUUCCAACCAGUUAACCCCGACAUGGCGCAGCGGCAGCAAAGCACACGACCGAUGUUUCAACAGGCUGCCCGAUAGCGGGAAGGUCACGCUUGGCUCGUGGACCAAUAAUGUCGCUGUAUAUGGAGGCAAGGGAGUGCAAGAGACUGAAGAGGAGAUUUUGGAGCUGGGUAGUCCCCGGGAGGAUGAGAUGGAGACCCCGAUGAAUCGUAUCAGGGCGAAGACAACGGUUGUGCUCACGAUUAGUGAGAGGGUUGAUUGGCAGGAUGAUUUGUUCUGA